AGUGAGAAGUUUAGGUAGACCGCACGCGCACCGCGUAUCGCUCAUAAACGCACAGUAACGCCGUAGCGGUUCGUCCUAGUCGACGCGUAGACAAUAGUAAUAGUAAUAAUAUUACAUUAUUAUAUCAUUAUCUAUAUGUACACAAAUAAAACGCAUAAUUGGAACGGGGCCGUCACCGUUGACGGUAGUGAUAGAAGAAGAACUAGGUACGAUAAUAUUAAUUGUCGAGAAGAUCAAAAUUAUAGCCGAUUUCUUCUAUACUCGUUAACGCUGCCGCUCCAACUACUGUAGUUCGACUAGAAUUUUCACGUUAAUUUAUUUUUUUCGACAUCGAGUGUUCCAAUAACCGAUUUCCAAUAUUGAUACGCUACUCGACGUCGUCUGUCGAACUAAUACAUCGAAUCAAUCACAAUAAUAGCCGUUAAUUGAAAAACACGAACGUUUCGAGUCCGUCGCUGAAAUUCGGAGUAGAAGACGCACCGUCCGUGCGCCAAACUCGAUCACCAUCAUCGCCUGCCAGACGGACUGACGGUCUUCAGACGACGAAAUCGCGAUAACACUCUCCUAAUCACCGCGAUUCGCUCGCUGCCCACUAUUAACGAGACUAAAUAAUUGAUAAGUAUUGUAAGUAAUGAUAAAUAGACUUACGAUACACACGUACUGACGUUACAAAAUUCUACAGCACACAGUCACCAGCCAGCCACCUUCGUCCUACACAAUCGCUGGCGUAUGUGUGUGCGUGCGUGUGUCCGUGAAUGUGUGUAUGCACAAUUGCGAGAAACUUUGUCAGUUGUGCGUGCGUACGGGUUCGUGUGACAUCCCAGUUUCCGACAUCGUUUCGUUUUAAAUUCCGUGUGUUUUUCGUUCACGCCAUUACGCCAGUCUUGUGACCGCCGUCCGAUCGUUGCCGCUGUCCGGGCCCGUCGUCUAACGACGUCACCGCGGAGUUUUUACAUCCCGAUUUCGCCCGUCGUACAACAGUCUCGUUAUUCGGGUUCGCCGUCCGUCCGUCUGUCCAUUGACAUGAUGCUGACUGCCACGAUCGUUUUGAAACAACUGUGAGCUCGACCGGCUCCUCCCGAGUCGGCCAGAUAAAUCGUGUCAACAGUCUAACGUAGACACUCGGUGCCCCACUUCAAAUGAUCAUCACAUCAAACGCAAAAUGAUGAACGGCGUACCAAAGAAACGCACAAACUUGCGCAUCAAAGCUUUCCCGAUGACAAUGGAUGAAAAAUUAAUUGAUAGUAUUUGGCUGUUAUUGAAAAAUGCUAUUCAAGAAAUUCAAAAGAAAAACAAUUCUGGUCUAAGUUUUGAAGAACUGUACCGAAAUGCCUAUACUAUGGUAUUAUUAAAACAUGGUGAGAGAUUAUAUACUGGUAUGAAAGAAGCUGUAAUAUACCAUUUAGAAAAUAAGGUCAGAGAAGAUGUUCUAAAAGCAUUAAAUAACAAUUUUUUACAAGUUUUAAAUGUUGCCUGGAAUGAUCAUCAAACUUCUAUGGUGAUGAUACGUGAUAUAUUGAUGUAUAUGGACCGAGUUUAUGUUAAGCAUAAUGAAGUUGACAAUGUUUAUAAUUUAGGUCUCGUUUUAUUUCGUGAUUUGAUUGUUCGAUAUGGAUAUAUUCGUGAUCAUCUACGAAUGACUCUGUUAAAUAUGAUUAAACUUGAAAGAAAAGGUGAAGUUGUUGAUCGAAUAGCUAUUAAAAAUGCAUGUCAAAUGUUAAUGAUUCUUGGAAUUACUGGACGAGUUGUUUAUGAAGAAGAUUUUGAAAAACCAUUUUUGGAGCAAUCUGCCGAAUUUUAUAAAAUGGAGAGUCAAAAGUUUUUAGACGAAAAUAGUGCAUGUAUUUAUAUUAGAAAAGUUGAAUCUAGAAUUAUAGAAGAAUCGGAUCGAGCAAAACAUUACCUUGAUGAUUCAACUGAAAGUCGAAUUGUUGAAGUUAUUGAAGUAGAACUAAUUAAAAGAAAUAUGAAAACCAUUGUUGAGAUGGAAAAUUCUGGUGUUGUUCACAUGUUAAAGAACAACAAAAUUGAUGAUUUAGCAUGCAUGUACAAAUUAUUGUCUCGCGUUUCAGAUGGUUUAAAAACUAUGUCUGAUUGUGUUAGUCAAUAUUUACGGGAAAUAGGAAAAUCACUUGUGCAAGAAGAAAAUAUUAAUUCUAAUGCGAUCAGCUAUAUUCAGAGUUUGCUGGAUCUAAAAGAUAGAUUCAAUUUUUUUUUGGUUCAUUCUUUCAACAAUGAUAAGAUGUUUAAACAAAUGAUUGCUGCUGAUUUUGAAUAUUUUUUCAAUAUCAAUUCCAAGUCACCAGAAUAUCUCUCUUUGUUUAUUGAUGAAAAAUUAAAAAAAGGUGUUCGCGGGUUGACUGAAAUUGAUAUAGAGUUAGUCUUGGACAAAGCUAUGGUAAUUUUCCGCUUCCUACAAGAAAAAGAUGUAUUUGAAAGGUAUUAUAAACAGCAUUUAGCCAAGAGAUUACUUUUAAAUAAAUCUGUCAGCAAUGAUAAUGAAAAGAAUAUGAUCUCAAAGCUCAAGACUGAGUGUGGUUGUCAAUUUACCUCUAAACUGGAAGGCAUGUUUAAAGACAUGUCCAUAUCUAACACUAUCAUGGAAGAAUUUAAAGAAUACGCUGCUAAUUCUAGUAAUCGGUAUUUACAUGCUGUGGAUCUUACUGUGAGGGUGUUAACCACAGGAUUCUGGCCCACCCAUGCAUUAUCAAAGUGCAAUGUACCAUUAGUUCCUAGAAGUGCUUUUGCAGAGUAUCGAUUGUUUUAUCUGGGUAAACAUAAUGGACGACAACUAACAUUGCAACCACAACUUGGUUCAGCUGAUUUGAAUGCUGUAUUCUAUGGUCCAAGACGACCAGAAAAUGACCUAUCAACAAGUGUAUCAUCUUCCAUUAGCUCGCUCAAUUUAUCUUCUGAGCGAAAACACAUAAUUCAAGUGUCGACUUAUCAGAUGUGUAUUCUUCUAUUGUUCAAUACUCAUGAAAAGUUAACUUUUGAAGAUAUUCGAAGUGAAACUGAUAUUCCAGACAAAGAUUUAAUAAGAGCUUUACAAUCUCUAGCAUUAGGAAAACCAUCACAGCGUAUACUAUUAAAGACCCCUAAAUGUAAAGAAAUUGAAUUAACUCAUGAAUUUUGUGUUAAUGAGUUCUUUACAUCAAAACUGCAUAGAGUGAAAAUCCAAACAGUUGCAGCUAAAGGUGAAACUGAACCAGAAAGAAAGGAAACUAGAAGCAAAGUAGACGAGGAUCGUAAACAUGAAAUUGAAGCAGCUAUUGUACGGGUUAUGAAAUCUCGGAAAAAGAUGAAUCAUAACACCCUUGUGUUGGAAGUUAUAGAACAACUCCGAGUCAGAUUCUUACCAUCUCCAGUUAUUAUUAAAAAAAGAAUUGAAGGACUGAUUGAAAGAGAAUACCUUUCAAGAGCAGCAGAAGAUAGACGUACUUAUCUUUAUGUUGCAUAAAAUGUGUAUUUAAUAUUGUAUAUUAAGUCUUCCUAUGUAAAAAAUUGACAACUAAAUAAUAUUAUAUAGUGUAUUCACAUUAAGAGAUACCACUAAUUAUUUCAACUGGAUGGCCUUUGAUUAAUUGUGAUUUUAGGAGGUAAAAUGGUAUACUAAAAAUGCAUAUUUGUUGAAAAUCUCAAAUGUUUUAUCUAUUUGGUAUAUGCUUAUAUAUUACAACUCGUUUUUUUUUCUUGCAGAUUUGGAUGAACAAUUUUUAUAUUAAACUUUUUUUUUCAAAUUAUAAAAUCACUUAAAUUAGGUUAAGUUCAGAUCUAAUUUUAUUUCUAUCAUUCAUAAUAUAAUCACACAAAAAAAAUAUAUUUUUAUUAUAAUCUCAUUUAUAAUCUUAUUUAUUCAUUAGCUUAGUUAUUUAAUAAAUAAUAUUAUUAACCUUCAUUUUCUCUGUGUAUAAUUAAUAAUAUCAUAACAUAAUUUUGUUAAAAACAGAUAUUAUUUAUAAAUGUUAACUUGCUUCUAGUAAAGUAGGACAAACUUUUUUAAAUCACUUGAUAAACAAUGGGUCCAUCUAAAUAAGUAGUAAAAAUAAUUGUUGUAAUUUAAACAAAAGUAAUAUAUUGAUCAUGUGCGCUCAAAACAGAUUAUAAAUAUGAACUUUUCUCAAAUUAUAUAUUUAGUGCUCAUAAAAAAACAAAAAUUCAAUAUUAUCUAACUGAAAUAUAGUGGUAUCUCUUAGCAUAAAUCCACAAUAUGUACAUAUUAAAUUAGGGACCCGUUGUUCCUAUUUAAAAAAAUAAAAUAAAAUCAUAGUAGUAAAUGAACAAUUACUUAAUAGAUUCUUUAAUGUUUUUCAUACAAAUGGAAUGUAUAUCAAGCAAUGUUAUAAUUGUUUAACAAAUGUACAGGUGCUACAUGGUAUUUUAACUUGAACCAGUGAUAAUUUUCAGUCACUAUUUGCAAAAACCAAAAAAUUAUUAAUCAUAAGUUUAAUGUGAUAAUGAUCAUUUUCAUCUAUGAUCUUCUUGUAUUGUUAAUUUAAAAUGUGUUUAUUCCAUUUUAAAUAUAUUUUCAAACAAACUCGAAUUGUUGUUUAUUUCAGGACAAUCUUUAUUGCACAUAGUUUAUAAAAAUUUAAAAAAAAUGUGUUUUUUCAUACUGAAAUAUUACCAAUAAUACUACAAUAUAAUAAUUAUAAUUGCCACAAUUUAAAUUAUAAUGAUUUAUAUAUUUUCAAAAUUGUUUAUACAUUUGUUUUUUUUUUUUUUGAUUACAUCUGUAAAUGUAUAAUUUAAUGAAAAACUAAUUUUUAAGAUUGUGUGUUUCUAAUAAACCAAUUUGAUAUUUA